AUAACUCCUGUGCGGGAUGUCGAUCUUGCAACUUGCGUUGGAAGUUUUUUGAGAAGUUUCAUCAUAAAGUCGUUUCUAGAAAGAGUUAAAAGAACUUUUAACAAAAAUGCAACAUUUUCAAAACGUUUUAAGGGUAUUUCGAUAUUUUUCCAAAAAACAGUCUUACCAGUUUUUUUAUAAGGGGCGAGAGUCUUCUCUACUGCCAUACAGUUUUUUAUUGAACAACUACAGUGGCCGAAGAUUUCGGCAUUCCAGUUACACCUCUCUAAAUGAAAAUUUGUGUGUGAUGUCGUUUAUUCCUUUUGGCAUCAUGGUUGCACAUUGUGCAAAAAAAGAUGAUAAAAACAACAAACCCAGUAGAGUUUAUGAAUUGUUCGAAGCUACCAGAAAUGGAGAUGCAAUUGCUGUUGAACUUCUCUGUAAGAAUGGCGAAGAUCCAAAUCAAAGAAAUAGUUUAGGAUGGACUCCUCUGCAUAUUGCAGCAGUUCAAGGAAAUGUCCAUGUUAUUAAAGUUUUGUUGAAGUGUGGAGCUAACCCAGAUUUAGGACAUGAUCUUAAUCAUCGCUUCAUUUUCAGUGGGUGCACGGCGUUGCAUUAUGCCUGCUUUAUUGACGACGCCGCUUGUGUAGCAGCUUUAUUGGAUGCAGGAGCCAAUCCAUCACUUGCAAAUCUCAGUGGAAAGAAGCCAUUUGAUUUUGCUAGUAGUUAUGCCACAAGAAAGCUUUUAUAUGAGAACAUGGUAGAAGAAAGAGCAGUAGAAAAGAGACGUAAAUAUCCGUUUGACUUAUGGUUAAAAGGAAAAAUUAUUGGUCAAAAGGCGGCAAUUGAUACGGUUUCAUCCGCUAUACGAAGGAAAGAAAGUGGUUGGGCCAACGAGGAACGUCCUUUGGUUUUCCUUUUCCUUGGCUCAUCGGGAAUUGGAAAGACUGAACUCGCUAAACAAGUUACUAAUUAUUUGAACCCGAAAGAUUCCGAAGCAUUCAUUCGUUUGGACAUGUCCGAAUACCAGCACAAAAACGAGGUCUCCAAAAUAAUUGGAUCUCCUCCUGGCUAUGUUGGUUAUAAAGAAAGUGGACAGCUGACAAAGAAACUUGAAAAAUGUCCUUACGCUGUCGUGUUACUUGAUGAGGUAGACAAGGCACAUCCCGAUGUAUUGACGGUUCUUCUCCAGCUAUUUGACGAAGGAAGAAUUACCAACGGAAGAGGCAAAACGAUAUUUUGCAAAGAUGCCAUUUUCAUUAUGACUUCAAAUUUAGCCAAUGAUGAAAUCGCCAAUCAUGCCCAACAACUUCGUCAAAAAGCUGAAGUAGCAGCUAAACAACGAACACAAAGUGAUAAAGAAGCCGAAAUUCCUUCCCUAUCUCUUUGCAUAUCUCGGGAAUUUGACGAGUUCACUAUUCGUCCCAUCCUCAAGCGGCACUUUGGUCGUGAUGAAUUUCUUGGAAGAAUAAAUGAAAUCGUCUACUUUUUACCCUUUUCAAGUGAUGAAAUCCAUCAGCUUGUAAAAAAAGAACUAGACUUUUUGGUCAAAAAGGCUAAAGAUCGAUAUGACGUGGACUUAUCGUGGGACGGAGAAGUGCUGGAUGUACUAUGCCUUGGAUACAAGGUGGCUUAUGGGGCCCGGAGUGUCAAGUAUGAAGUGGAACGGAAGGCGGCAAGCCUUCUCUCUAAUUUUCAAGAACUUCACGGCUUUCCACGUGGAGCUUCACUACAACUAUACGUUGACUAUGGCGGGAAUGGAUCUUCAACUGAUGCAGCGCGUAAUCCACAAAUCCGCUUGCGUAUUAAAAAUAAAGACAGUGUCGAAUUUACAGCAGUUUCUUCUUCUCUGUGACAUUUGCCUCCAACAGCCGUUUCACAGCGAACUGAUUCUAUUAUAAAUCAAUACGUAUUGAUAUAUUGAUGAAAAGUGUUGACGAACCUUAUAAUAACUUUGAUUGUAAUUGAUUUCCCCAUCAAAUGUAAUGUUGUAUUCAAGGGAACUUUGAACGCAAAUAAAAUUAGAUGACACAUUA